UCCUUUCCGUAGUGUGGAGACGGCAAGUGAGCACAGUCCUCCAAGGGGGGACUGACCAGGGUCCUACGUAGCUGUAACAUUACCUCUCGGCUCUAAUUUGAAUUCCACGAUUGAUGAGGGCAAAUACAGCGUACGCCUGCUUAACCACAGGGUCAACCUGCGCAGCUGCUUUCAGCGCCCUGUGAUGGGUAACAAACGGGGGCUCUGUGGAGAGAAUGGGAGUCCUGGAUGAUAUUCGUCUCUCUCCGAUCACUUCCGACCGAGACAAGAAACCUUUGGGGACAAGUUGAACAGAAACCGGUGCCGAUAUCGUCUAAAUGUCCAUGAGAUGCAUUCACACGUUGAAUCGAGGAUAACCCCGAAUUAACUUCUGGUCCUCGGCCAGACCAACUGUCGCAAGCGUGGUUACACAUUCAACAAGAAUCUCUCUGUACCCGAAAGCAAAUUCUGCCAACUGUUGACCAGCAGGAUAGAGUUUCGCCCCUCCCUGAUCUCUUCCGAACGAGACCAGCUGAGACUUGUGGAACAAUAUGAGGAGAUGAACAGGACCCGGAGCCAAUAUCGACUAAAAUCCCUUGAGUUGUAUUCGGCCCUUGAAUCCAGAACAAUCGCAAAUUCACUUCGGGACUUCUGCCAGACCACCAGUCUCAGAAAUAUGUGCGUCCUCAACCACAUUGGUCUAUCCCCGAAAGCAAAUUAUUCUUUCAACGUUGACCAGCAGGAAAGCUACCUGAGCUCAGAGACGCAGAGAAUACUCGGCAGGAUGGACCGGAACGAGAGUCACAUGAAUGUGAAGUUGGGAAAAACGGACGCACGGUCCCCUUCCCGAGCUGAACCUGAUGUAUCGUACGCUGAACUGAAUUUCAAGACCCGCUCUGCGCCCCGGGUGCGGAAAGAUCGAGGCGAUCUGAACUCCACCUACUCUGAUUUGAACGUUCGGAAAAAGGAAAUCCGCAUCGAUCAGCGUGAAGACCCUCCCAUUGCCUCGGCACCUGGCGGGUUGUCAACCACUGCACAAACAGCGGCGCAAGAACAGGAGUCGAAAAUGAAGAUCGGAAAUAGACCGUACGUUCUGAUCUGCCUACUCUGCCUAGUUACGUCCGCCCUCAUGGUGGUGGUGGUGGGUCUCUCAAUCCAUGUGUCACAGAUUCGUCAGUCUUACGAAACAUGUCACCGAAAAUCUAAUCUGUCCGAUCUUAAACGAAUGAACAACGAUCUCCGUCUCCAGUUCACUGAGAUGGAAACGAAAUACAGAUCUGUCAAAGAAGCCAAAGCUCAAAUCUGUGAAUUGCUGAUCAGCAGAAGAGGUGAUGCAUCAUCCCCCUCUUUCACCUGCUCCUCAUCACACGAGCAAACGUGUUUCAAGGACUGGGUCACAAAUAAAGACCAGUGUUAUUACGUAUCCACGUUUGAUACAUCUUUCCAAAAAGCGGAACAAGAGUGUUCAAACCUUCAUUCAAGGCUGCUGGAAAUCAAUUCAAGUGAUGAAGCGGUAUGUGUCACAGCUCGAGAAGAUCACACAGUAACACAGGAAUCAUCGCAAACUCCCGGGGUCAGAAACAGAGUGAUUCUCCCUCCACACCGUCCCAUCACAAAAUCCCCGGGUCAGACAAGGAGUUAAGCUCCCUCUUCACCGUCCCAUCACACACUCCCGGGGUCAGAUACAAAGUGGAUCUCCCUCCACACUUUCCCAUCACACACUCCCGGGGUCAGACAAAGAGUGAAUCUCCCUCCACACCGUCCCAUCACAAAAUCCCCGGGUCAGACAAAGAGUUAACCUCCCUCCUCACCGUCCCAUCACACACUCCCGGGGUCAGACACAAAGUGAAUCUGCCUCCACACUUUUCCAUCACACACUCCCUGGGUCAGACAAAGAGAUAAUCUCGCUCCACACCAUCACAUCAUCCACUCCCGGGAUCAGACACAGAGUGAUUCACCCUACAAACCGUCCCAUCACACAUUCCCGGUGUCAGCUGAGAGAAGUACAUAUUUUUCGAUUCUAGGCAUUAAUCAAGUUAAUUUAACUUCCCAGCGCUUUGUAUCCCACAAUCUUCUGGACAGCAAACUUGCUUACUGGAUUGGAAAAUGCGAAAACGGGUGAGAUUAUCACUUAUCUGUGGGGUGAAGAUUGGUUAUUGACAUAGUCCUGAAUGGAGAAAAUGGGAUUACGGUCUGAAGUAGUUUCGUGGGAAAGGGGAACGGCAUUGUGAUUUGUCUGUAGACUGUCCGAGUUUUUCGGGAGCGUGCUGUACAAUGGGAACAUUUUCGGGCCGACACGUGUCUGUCGGGGUGGACACUGCAGUGGGAAUAUUUCGGAAACUGACAGAGUGCAGUGGUGAGAGAUCAGUGACAGAGAUUAUUUUCGUGCUGACGCAUGUGGGUGAGGUAAGCGACGUGCAGUGGGAUUGUCGCCUGGCUGUGAGCAAAGGGAGCAACAGUGGGAUGAGUUUGGUGAAUAACAUGUAUCUGAGUGGCGAGAGUAGUUUGGAUUAGUUUGGAGACAGAUACAGGGCGGUGGUACACAGUGGGUUAACGGAAUUAGUUUGCGAAAUGAGGCAAGGUUGUGGGGGAGAGGGUGCCAGUGGUAUAAGUCUGGAGGGGGACCAGAGGGUAUGGGGAUAGCGCGGUGUCGUGGGAUAUGUCAGGAGACAGACUCGAAGCUCUGGGUAGAGGUCUGAGUGUGGAACAGUGGGAUUCAUUUCGGGACAGACAUAGGUCUGUGGGGAGACGGUGGAACCGUGGGGUUUGUUCGGGGACUGAGACAGAUCAGAGGGGAGAGUGUGGAACAGUGAGAUUCAUUUCGGACAGACAUAGGUCUGUGGGGAGACGGUGGGACAGUGGUGUUUGUUCAGUGACUGAGACAGAUCAGAGGGGAGAGGGUGGAACAGUGGGAUUCAUUUCGGACAGACAUAGGUCUUUGGGGAGACGGUGGGACAGUGGGGUUUGUUCAGUGACUGAGACAGAUCAGAGGGGAGAGGGUGGAACAGUGGGAUUCAUUUCGGACAGACAUAGGUCUGUGGGGAGACGGUGGGACAGUGGUGUUUGUUCAGUGACUGAGACAGAUCAGAGGGGAGAGGGUGGAACAGUGGGAUUCAUUUCGGACAGUCAUAGGUCUGUGGGGAGACGGUGGGACAGUGGGGUUUGUUCGGGGACUGAAAGGGGACUGUUAUGAGAAAGCGGUUCGGUGGGAUUAGUUUGGGGGAUACGGGGCUGUGGGGAAACAUUGGGUCAGUACGAUUAGUUAGGGAACUGACAGGGUUGUGGGGAGACAUUGGGAACGUGGUAUUUUUCUGGAUACCGGCACGGAGACGUGGGGGAGAGUGGUUGUGUGGUAUGUUUGGGGACUCACACAGGCAAUUAGGAGAGAUCGAAUUCAUGGGAUUAGCUUGAGGACGGACUCCGCUCGGGUCCUCUACUGAAGCUGUUUUGUUUGUUGAAAUUGUUUAACUCUCCUGGAUAGGAAUGUGGGCCAGAGUCUCCUGUACAAGAACUCUGGAAAGCCCGUCUGCAGUCAGUGUGGAAGUGGUAACCUUUGUGCUGUUCCUGAUCGGCGGUUCAUCUGCGAGAAGUCGGCACCUUUGUUCCCGGAUGUUCCUGAAAAGAUCCAGGGUCUUUGCCAACAGCCAGUGGAGUCGACAUGAAUCAAGUGACUGCCCCCAUUUUCUCCUCCUUCUCACUCACUCCUAAAUCCUUUCAAAUUCCCUCCCCACAUGCUCUGCCCCUCCCUCCUACAUCUCCUCUUGUUGCAACCAUAUUCUCCCCACCAGACACCGACAAAUCCCUUUUGCCGUCUAUCCCCUUCUCUCUCGCCAUUCCCCCGUCCCGCUCUUCCGCGCUCCCUCUACCUUUCUCUCUACCCCCUCGCCUCCCCUUAUUUCCUCAAACUUUCUCCGCCCACUCUUUCUCUUCUCCCUCUGCACACCUCUUACAUCCCUCUCUCCUUCGCUCCCCCAGACACUCUCUCUCUACCCUCCCCGUUCUCUCUGAACCCUCCGUCUCCCUGAUCUCUCUCUCCCUCUCUCUUUCUGCUUUCAAUUCACUCUCACCUCAAUCCUGUCCCGUCUGGUGCUCGAUAACCCAACCCUGGGUGAAAGUCUGUCCGCAUUCCCUCUGUCUGUGCCCCUCUUGUACCACGGCAACGUGACCUCCCGACUCCUGUACUCAGUGUGACUGGUGAAGACCAGCGGGCCAAGUGUCCUGUCCACUCUUAUCGGAUGUUUUCCUCAGGAAUCGCUAUUUCAUUUAUUAUCUGAAACUUAUAACGCCUGGAAUUUGUUCUUUUGAAGGAUCAGUACGGCGCAAAGAUGCACAAUAAAUGUAAACUGCAAAUAUUAAUAAACACCGCAAAUAUGUCGAGU